GGCCGGUACCAGAACAGACUCCACAAACACCACCUCCACAAACGAGUUUCCAAACGUCGGAUGUAAAAACAUCAGAGCCUACAACAAUUACACCCACGUCCUCAAGUGCUUCACAUUUAAUUCAAAUACCGCCGGCCAUUUAUAAUACGCAUUCAAGUCCAGACUCAAAUUACGCAAAUACAUAUACAUACAAGUAUGGAAACGUGCACUUCCAACCGUCGGCUGAACCGCCACCUCCAUAUAGCUCAGUUGUGCCUGCACGCGCCUCCACUUCUUCACGACCGCACAUUGUAAAUAUAGCGGAAGAGGAACGUCAGUCAAGAAGACGGCAACGGAGAAAGCAACGUCAAAACUGUCCAAUACCUCGCUGGGUUAUCGUUCUGAUCGUCAUAAUCUUAAUACCCCUCAUUAUAUCCAUUACUUCGGUGAAGGUCAGCGGCAAAGACCCAUUUGAUGGGACUUCCGGAGACACGGGUUCACCGAAACAAGGUUCAAUGACAUAG